AUGCAAAUCUUCGUCAAGACCCUCACGGGCAAAACCAUCACCCUCGAAGUCGAGGCUUCCGACACCAUCGAGAAUGUGAAGGCCAAGAUCCAGGACAAGGAGGGCAUCCCCCCGGAUCAGCAGCGUCUCAUCUUCGCCGGAAAGCAACUUGAGGACGGCCGCACUCUCUCCGACUACAACAUCCAGAAGGAAUCCACCCUUCACUUGGUGCUCCGUCUUCGUGGAGGCAUGCAGAUCUUCGUCAAGACCCUCACCGGAAAGACCAUCACCCUCGAGGUUGAGGCCUCCGACACGAUCGAGAACGUCAAGGCCAAGAUCCAAGGACAAGGAAGGAAUUCCCCAGAUCAGCAACGUCUGAUCUUCGCUGGCAAACAGCUCGAAGACGGCCGCACUCUUUCCGAUUACAAUAUCCAAAAGGAGUCCACCCUCCACUUGGUGCUUCGACUCCGAGGAGGCAUGCAAAUUUUCGUCAAGACCCUUACCGGAAAGACCAUCACUCUUGAGGUCGAAGCCAGCGACACCAUUGAAAAUGUCAAGGCCAAGAUCCAGGACAAGGAAGGAAUUCCCCCGGAUCAGCAGCGUCUGAUCUUUGCCGGAAAGCAGCUCGAAGAUGGACGUACCCUCUCCGACUACAAUAUCCAGAAGGGUCCACCCUCCCACUUGGUGCUCCGCCUUCGCGGAGGUAUGCAGAUCUUCGUCAAGACCCUCACCGGAAAAACGAUUACCCUCGAGGUCGAGGCCUCGGACACGAUCGAAAACGUGAAGGCCAAGAUCCAAGACAAGGAAGGAAUCCCCCCAGACCAGCAGCGUUUGAUCUUCGCUGGAAAGCAACUUGAGGAUGGCCGCACCCUUUCUGACUACAACAUCCAGAAGGAGUCCACCCUCCACUUGGUGCUCCGACUCCGAGGAGGCAUGCAAAUCUUCGUCAAGACUUUGACGGGCAAGACCAUCACCCUUGAGGUUGAAGCCUCCGACACCAUCGAGAAUGUCAAGGCCAAGAUCCAGGACAAGGAAGGAAUUCCCCCAGAUCAGCAGCGUCUGAUCUUUGCCGGAAAGCAGCUCGAAGAUGGACGUACCCUCUCAGACUACAACAUCCAGAAGGAGUCCACCCUCCAUCUCGUGCUUCGACUUCGCGGAGGUAUGCAGAUCUUCGUCAAGACCCUCACCGGAAAGACCAUCACCCUCGAAGUCGAGGCCUCCGACACCAUCGAAAACGUCAAGGCCAAGAUCCAGGACAAGGAGGGCAUCCCCCCGGAUCAGCAGCGUCUGAUUUUUGCUGGCAAGCAACUCGAAGAUGGCCGCACCCUCUCCGACUACAACAUCCAGAAGGAGUCCACCCUUCACUUGGUGCUUCGACUCCGAGGAGGCAUGCAAAUCUUCGUCAAGACCCUCACCGGAAAGACGAUCACCUUGGAGGUCGAGGCUUCUGACACGAUUGAGAAUGUCAAGGCCAAGAUCCAAGACAAGGAGGGCAUUCCUCCGGAUCAGCAGCGUCUGAUCUUCGCCGGAAAGCAGCUCGAGGAUGGCCGCACCCUCUCGGACUACAACAUCCAAAAGGAGUCCACCCUCCACUUGGUGCUCCGCCUGCGCGGUGGCAAC